AUGUCUGUUCCUUUGUCUCCCCACACAGAUGGUAUACACAGUGUUACAGCUCAGUGCACCUUACAGGUAGCAAUUAUUACAGAUGAGAUGCUUUCGCACAGUAUUACCCUUCGUCUCGGAGGAGUCUCUCAAUACCACUUCCUUUCACCUCUCAUGCCCCUCUUUAUGCGUGCUGUGGCCCAGGUACUUUCUAUACCACCACCCGGAGUGGUAGUCUUUAGUAUUCAGGAAGACAACGAGACUCCUUCACUGAUCACUGGAAUCACCCCAGAUAUGCAGAUUCUGAAUGUCAGUCUCUUGGUGAGUAACAUUAAAGAGGUCCUAUAACUUCUGCUGUGGUUUAAAUAUGUAUACAGUGCAUGUGCCCUAUUAAUAUGAAUAAUGAAAUUGACUGGAUAGUCCUACAUAUAUAAUGAGAUGUGGGAAGGCACACAUAAAUAAGGACCGCUACAGUGCCUCCAGCCCAGAGGUAAUGUUAGAAACAAGAAACAGGACUGGACACACGUAAGAGGUCCAAGGGCAGAAUUAAAAUUGAACAAUAUACAAUGACUUUUUUGCUAAAAGAAAAGAGUCUUUAGGCCAAAGUAGCUGAAAUGAAAAAUUAGCUAACCAAGAUAAUCUUUCCAAUUCAGCAAUUUUGGCCUAAUCUCUAAAAAUUCCAGAAAAUUCACAGUUUAAUAAAUAACUCAAAGAGGAGAAAUUACAGGAUAGAUAACAAGGUUAAUUUAGGCAGACGAACUGCACCUAAUAAAUGUAGAUCAUAGCUAACACUAUAGUGCCCGAUGUCCCUCGGUAGUGGGUUUUAUGGACAUUCCUACAUUUGUUUUUUUGUUUGUUUGUUUAUAUAGUUGAUAGUUCCUUAAAAUGUUCCCUAAGAAUUAAUACAUGUACACUGACACACACCAUGCAAAUAUGUGCCCUUGUUUCAGGUCCAAGACCAUGAAGGGGAAUUUCUUCCAUCAGAGACACUCCGUGAGCUUUUGUACUUGAAUCGGACACUGUUGGCUGCUCUAGCACAGCAGCGAGUAUUGCCAUUUGAUGACAAUGUAUGUCUGCGGGAGCCUUGUCCUAACUACAUGCUGUGUGUAUCUGCCCUGCGAUUUGACAGCUCGGCUCCUUUUUUAGCCUCAGACACAUUACUUUUUCGCCCUAUCCUGCCAGUAGGAGGUUUGCGCUGCCGCUGUCCAAGGGGCUUUGCUGGUGAAUACUGUGAAACAGAGGUAGACCUAUGUUACACAGGACCUUGUGGAGAACAUGGCUUCUGCCAGAGUCAUGAAGGAGGCUUCACUUGCAAAUGUCAUGAAGGUUACACAGGUGAGAGAUGUUGAUAAUUGACAAUGUUGACAGUAGGGAGCAUGAUACAUUUAAAUGCCAGUAAUCCAUAAAAGUAAAUGCCAGAUUCAUUAAAAAAAAUAAGCACGAGUUACAUGUAUUUGAGUGUGCUUGGCAGUGUCAUUUUCUAUUUUUCCUUUUUGGUAACAGGGCUAUUAUUAUUUUUAUUAUUAUUUAUAUAGUGUCAACAUAUUCUGCAGCGCUGUACAGUUAGAGAAAGGAGUGAGCAAGGCCCUGCUCAUACGAGCUUACACUCUUUAGUAUGUGGAUAUGUAUUGUUAGGUGUCUUGCCCAAGGAUACUUAGCUUGUCUGUUGUAGCCUAUUUGAGAGGCAGCUUGUCAUGCAGAUAGAUUGGUAGAUGUUUUUUUUGCAAAAUAAUAAUCACCUGAAAUAUACAUCAGCAGGGCCACCAUCAGGGUGUGACAACCAUGACAGUUGUCACGGGCCCAGCAGCCAUGGGAGGCCCAGCCGCCCAGGCCCCACGUGUAGCGGCGGAACUGCCACCAGUGCAGCUGCACCGGGGCCCUCACGCUGGUUUGAUGCCACCUAUGUUUUAGUUUGCACACUGUGACAUGUGUUUUAGCAAGUAUUCACUUUUAUUUAUUUAUUUUUUUAUUUAUAUUUCUGUCUUUUACUAUCUGUCCUUCACUCCAUGCAACCCUUUCUUCCUAGACUUUCCUACACUUACUGUGAUAUAUCUCUUCUCUCCAAGGACCACAUUGCGAGAUCGCUCUGCGUUCUGCACGCUGCUCGUCAGGGCUCUGCAAGAAUGGUGGAGUAUGUGUGAACCUGCUGGUGGGAGGUUUCCACUGUGAGUGUCCUCCUGGUGCAUUCGAAUCUCCCCACUGUACAGUAACCACACGUGCUUUUAAUGGAGAAUCAUUUCUUACUUUUCGUGGCUUGAGACAGAGAUUUCACUUCACAUUGUCACUCAGGUGAGUGGGGCUUUCAAUAUUUGGGUGACAUAUUUCCAGGUGUGACUCCAUGUUUUCAAUAAUUCUAAUGAUUUAUUACAAUGAAGUCCUUUUAUUAACAGCAUCAUUCAUGUGGUAUAUACGUACAUUAUAAUGAGUCAUAUGUCUUUUAGCUGUAACUUUCUUUAAGAGCAAAAUUUAAAAAUGUGUAAGCAACAGAGAAUAUGGUAUGGGUGGUUCUAACUGUAUUGGGUUUAGAGGGGUGUAAAAUACAUUCUUUAUUGGAGUUGGGUGGAAUUGGGGCCCUACACUACUUAUAUAGUAGACAUACUGUUCUGUUUUCCUCAUUUUGUUCCCAGGUUUCUUUUUAUAUCACUUUCCACCUCUCUCUCUUAAUCUCUUUUUCUUUUGUCUCUGUGUGUGUCCUCUUUGCUCUUUGUUGUACUCCCACCCAUGUUUUUUGUCUAGCCUCAUAAGGCUCAGAGCAAGUUGAUUGUAAAGGGGAAGGGUGGAGUGAAAUCACAGAUGUCCCCAGGCCUGUGCUGUGACAAAUGCUAAUUAUCCAGGAGGUUGAGACAGGGUCAGAGGUCAGCAUCCUAGAGGAUUAAUAUGUUCAUCAUAUUUAGGUGUGAAAACAUGAAAAUUGGAGGAGGAUAUGUAUAUUUCAAAUAUGUUUCACAAAGGAAGCUAUCUUAUUAAUUCCUCACCACAUAGGUUACAUAGACUCAUUGGGGCUUGUGAAAUGUUUUCAAAAAACAAACAAAAAAAACUGCUGAAAUGUUUGAAGUAAUUUAAAAAAAUGUGAUUAAAAGGUGAAAAAUUUUAAUUUGUGUUUUUUUUGUUUGUUUGUUUUUUUAUUACAAUUUCUGAUAUUUCCAACGAGUUAUAUUUUGGAUUGUGUUUUGGAUAAUUUUGCCAGUUUAUUGAAUAACCUAAAUGUGUUUGAAGUAGAAGCGAAGAAACUGUAAUCACCUAAUGUCUCAAUGCUUUGCAAUUCUAUAAAACUGUUGAACUACAUGGGUUUGAAAAUGCAAUGAAACAAUGUAAAGCGUAAAAUAAAAAAGAUAGCAAGUCAAUUAAAACUGGUUGAACAAACGGCAAAUGUUGUUAAAAACACAAAGUAUGCACUAAAUGUUUUGGUUACUUGAACAUCAAUCUGAAGUUGGAGCUGAAUGUACAACAGAUUUUGUUUGGUGAGGCCACAAUAAAAAUAAUUUACAAUUAUAGCAAGGAGUGGUGGGACAUCUAUUUUUAUCUCUGUUUUGAAAAAUAACCUAAUAUAAAUAAUGUAACCUAGAACAUAGUGAAACUUUCUUCUUGUCCUUCCAGCUUUGCCACCCGGGAGCGUAAUGGCCUACUACUGUAUAAUGGGAGGUUUAAUGGGAAACAUGAUUUCAUUGUCCUGGAGGUGACAGAUGAACAGGUCCAGCUCACUUUCUCAGCAGGUAUCAGUUUUUAA